ACGGUUUUUCCAUUUUUAAUCUCUGCAAACAAAAAUCUGAAAAAUUUGAGGAUGUAAUUUUUUCUAUGAACUACAUUCAAAACUUCAUUAUCGGAAAUAAUAUCGAUUGAAAUACUGAGAAUAGUAGCAUAAUAUCCCGUUACUAACCAACACUAUACAAACAAAUGGUGAACCAUUGAACAUAAACAUGUUCAAUGGGCUUGUUUCAAAAACUAUCUUUACUCAUUGGAUCCGUUCGUAAGAAAGAAGUCAAUGUUUUAGUUAUAGGUCUCAAUAAUAGUGGAAAAUCAACAGUUAUUAACCAUUUUAAAAAUGAGGAAGAAAAAGUGGCAGAAAUUGUGCCCACCGUGGGGUUCAGUGUUGAGAGAUUUCAGAGUCAAAACCUGGCGAUUACCGCUUUUGACAUGUCAGGUCAUGGCAGAUACCGUAACUUAUGGGAACAUUAUUACAAGGACUGCCAUGGAAUAAUUUUUGUCAUUGAUAGCAGUGAUAGGCUUCGAUUGGUGGUUGUGAAGGAAGAACUAGAUCUGAUGUUACAACAUCCAGCAAUUUGUACGAAAAGACUACCAAUUUUAUUCUUUGCAAACAAAAUGGAUUACAAAGAAUCUCUUAGUACAGUUAAAAUUGCAGCUGCUCUCGGCUUAGAUAGAAUAAUGGAUAAGCCUUGGCAUAUUUCAGCUAGUAAUGCUAUUACUGGUGAGGGCUUACAAGAAGGGGUUGAAUGGUUGACUCAACAGAUAAGAGAAUUAUUAAUCAAUAACUGAAUUAAAUCAAAAUAAAGUCUUCACGAGAAA